CGUCGUCGUCGUCGUCUUCCUCCUCCUCCUCCUCCUCCUCCGUGCAGCCCCCCAUGGCGGGGUCCCGGGCGGCGACGGAGAAGGUCCGGGCGGAGGGCGUUGGGGGUCCGGUCCUGGGCCCGCUGGCGGGCGGCCUGCUGUCCGUCCUGGCCGUGGCCUCCUGCCUCUACCUGGGGGUGCAGACCAGCGCCCUGCGGGCCCGGGUGGCCGCCAUCGAGGCCGGGGCGGCCGACCCCUGGCACCGCCUCUCCCCCGCAUCCCGCCACCGCCUCGACGAGAUGAUGCAGGACCAGCUCCACCGACUGCUGGCUCAGAAAUCGUACGAACAUUUGGCUAAAAUAAGAAUAGCGAGAGAAGCCACGCCGGCGUGCAACUGCCCAGCAGGUCCUCCAGGGAAACGAGGGAAGAGGGGCAGAAGAGGAGAGUAUGGACCUCCUGGCCAACCCGGUCCUCAGGGCCCCCCUGGUCCGAAAGGCGAUAAGGGAGAUCAAGGUGAUCAGGGUCCUCGGGGUCUGCCAGGCUUCCCUACAGUUGCCGCUCUGCACAGUAAUCAGAUCCUCACCGUCAAGGGUGACCAAGGACAGGCUGGGCCUCCUGGACCCCCAGGCCCCCCCGGCCCAAGAGGACCCCCUGGGGACACUGGGAAAGACGGACCCCGUGGAAUGCCAGGAGUACCGGGCGAACCAGGAAAACCAGGAGAACACGGCUUGAUGGGACCUCAGGGACCUCCUGGACAAAAGGGUUCUCUUGGAGCUCCUGGCAUGCCGGGAAUGGAUGGGCAAAUGGGGGAACCGGGUUUGCCUGGAUCAGUGGGGCAGGAUGGUAUUCCAGGCGUUAAGGGUGACCCUGGAGAGAGAGGAGAAAAGGGAGACGUUGGCGAGAGUGGACCCAAAGGUGACCUCGGUGAAAAGGGUGACCCUGGAUCGUCAGCUGCAGGAAUUAAGGGAGAACCUGGAGAAUCUGGUCGCCCAGGACAAAAGGGUGAACCAGGGCUUCCGGGGCUUCCUGGACUUCCGGGGAUAAAGGGGGAACCAGGGUUCAUCGGUCCUCAGGGAGAACCUGGGUUGCCAGGGUUACCAGGAAUGAAGGGUGAACGUGGAGAAUCAGGACCUACUGGAAGGGGGGAGCGAGGUGAACCUGGAGCUCCUGGGCCAAAGGGUGACCGUGGAGACAAAGGAGAUUCUGGUGCUUUGGGACCCCGGGGCCCCCCGGGGCAAAAGGGAGACCCAGGAGCAACAGAGAUCAUAGACUACAAUGGCAAUAUUCAUGAUGCCUUGCAGAGGAUUACCACCUUAACUGUCACGGGUCCCCCAGGACCACCUGGACCUCAGGGAUUACAAGGGCCAAAGGGAGAGCCAGGAUCUCCAGGAACACCCGGAGCAGAUGGAGAGCAGGGUCUGAAAGGCUCAAAGGGAGACAGGGACUCUGGCCUUCCAGGAGAAAAGGGAGGAAUUGGACUCCCUGGGUUACCGGGUUCGAAUGGUGCGAAAGGAAAAAAGGAGACUCGGGGUCUGCCUGGUCCUCAGGGCCCUUCCAUUAUUGGCCCGCCAGGACCACCCGGUUCUCAUGGCCCACCGGGGCCUAUGGGUCCUCAUGGGCUUCCAGGACCAAAGGGUGAACCAGGGGUUAAAUGGUCUAAAGGAUUGAAGGGUGAACCGGGUCAAAAGGGUGACAGAGGACCCCUUGGUCUUCCAGGAGCAUCUGGCUUAGACGGAAAGCCAGGAUCCCGGGGUACAGAUGGGCCUAUGGGUCCCCAUGGUCCGGCAGGUCCCAAAGGAGAAAGAGGUGAAAAGGGAGCAGUAGGGAACCUGGACCCAGAGGCCCAUAUGGUUUGCCCGGGGAAAAGGGAAAGAAGGCAAAAGGGGCCUAAAGGGGAGAAAGGAGAACAGGGUGCCCCUGGAUUAGAUGCACCUUGCCCGUUGGGGCCUGAUGGAUUACCAAUGCCUGGGUGCUGGCAGAAGUGAUGAAUCUAACCUUACAAGCAUGAAGUCGUGUAUAUAAUGCUCCGCAUUUUUGUAUUUAUAGUUGAAAACUGAAAUAUAGAUUUUACAAGUCUGAGAUAUGUUUACAUGUAGCUGCUUCUCCCUGUUUGCAGUAGUCCAUGUGUGUACAAUUUUCUUCACCUUCAUCUGAAGUUAGGCAAGCUAUAAAACAAGGUGGGGAGAAACCUGCAGAAACACAAAACGAUAUCUCGCUCUUAUACAUGUACCUGCGUGGAGGUGUCAGCAGUGGAAAGUGGUCGUUUCUGCUCUUUUUUUCCUGACUCUUUGGCUUGUGAUUUGCAUGGACAACACGUGCCAUGAACUAGUUUACAUGAAAGUGUGACCAAAUAGAGACUAAAGCCUAGGGCCUGUACUGUACCGGACUGGUGGUGGAGUUUUAGUCGCUUCACUUCCACAUUCGUCUCAACCGUCCCCCUCGAGCCCGGCUGCCGCGCCCGUUUGAGAUAGACUAAGAAAGCAUGAACCGUGUGCCAAACCUGCUUGUGUCAAUCCCAUCCUCCGAUGCUAACUUGCUGCUUGCUGACACCUGCGCUCCCAACCUCUGAAUUUUUUAUCCUUUCUGUCUUGUCAAGGGGGUCACACCUUGGCUUAUUGCCAAAAAAAGAUAAGGCGGCGGAGAGCGCACACACACUAAGAAAGCUAAAUUCUGGCAUUUUGAGGAAGCUGUGGUCCCGACUGCAGAGGGCAACAGCCUCCACUUUGGGCCGUUCACCUGACCACUGUGGUUGAAACGAAAAAGGAUCGCACCUGUUGUCCGGUGACAGUUUUCCACGUUCCGCUCCCAGCGGUGAAGGCGUACGUGAUGGACAAGUUUCGAUAUCGGGGGCUGUCACUUGCAUUCACCACAUAAGGAAGAGGUUUUGCAAAAGGAAACAAAAGCCCACCCAACCACCAGAGAUGAAGGGAGGGAAGGGAAGGAAAACCCCAAGAGCUCCCGCAAACACGGUGGGGGGCUCAGAAAGGUUACAGAGAUGGACGGCGGGCAGUUCUUCCAGAGACGGGGGCCGAAGGCGCUCUUUAACGAGGAAUUGGAGGAUGCAUCACGUGCUUCCCACGUGGCAUUUUGGAGCUGCCGCUCGGAAAGGGGAGGUUGAAGAUUACUCUCUUGCCAUACGAGGGGUCACUCCGGCUGGGACCACCCCAACAACCCCCGUGGAACCUUUCCUGCAGCGUUUCGGAAGCACACCGUAUUUUCCCUUCUUUUGGAGUUUUGGGUUUUGCUUUUACAUUUGCUGUGACAGAUGCUUUGGUUUUUGAAGGAAGUGGUUCGCCUGGCCAGCAGCAGUAUUUGUUUUCCAACUUUCAAAGCACGAAGAUAUUUUUGCGCGCCUAAGUUGUAGCAUAGUUGAUUUAGCUCCCGAAAGGCCUCUGUGCUCUUGCAAAGGUUUUGCUGGACCCAAAGAAUGGGGGGAAAGCAGAAACUCAGUGAACGAUUCUAUUGCUACUAUAAUAAUUUUCUUCCCUUUGGGGUAGAUUAAUAGACCCCAAGAAAAGUAUAGAUAUGUUCCGUUCAGUUGUACUCCAGGAGCCAAAAAGCAUUGAAGAGGUGCAGUUUAUAAGUUCAGUGCUCUCAUUUUGGCUUAUUUUCGUUGUUCAGUCUGAAAUACAGUUGCUCUCCCAUUUUUAAUACAUAUUAUUUUCUACUUCUUAUUUGCGUUAGAGCUGAUCUUUGCCUUUACUUAGUGACUUUUUAUUUACCUGAGCGUUUGUCAUUUAUACACUGACCAAAUCUGAGCAAUCAGAAAUAUGUAAAAUACAAUUGCAGAAGAGAGAGGAAAUUUCUUUCUAUAUUUCCUAGCGCUAUCAAGCAAAGUAGCACCUGAUCCCCAAACUUGUUCGUAAAUGCUGAAACGUGAUAUACCUUUGCCAUGCCCCAUCCCACCAAGUGCUUACGUUAUGGAGAAAUACUGCCUUAUGGCGAAUGUUUAACCAUUUUUUUCUGUGCCGUGGUGGGUGUGCGCCCUUCUCAUCAGAGAGCUCCUUGUUGAUUAGAUACUAGCUUACCACCUCAUUAUUUUUUUUCAGCCCACUGCGAGGAUGUUAAAAGAAACUUUAGGUCAUAAAGCAGAAUGUUUGGCCAUUCCAAAGAAACCUUUUACCCCUGCUUCAGUCACUAAUUCCUCACAACAUAGGAUCAAGCUUUCGAACAUUUCACAGUGCUACAGGUGGUACAUUUAGAGUAGGGUUACAACCCUAAAACUUACAAAUGAGAUCUUCAGGGAUCCCUGAAGAUAAGUAUGUAUUCCAAUCAAAGGUGCUAGUGUGGCUGAGCAAGAAAUAAAUUCUUUAUCUGAAGAAUCAAAAUUCAGACACCUGAGCAGAGUCAUGAUUCAUCUCAAAAGAAGAUGCUGACAGUUUAUCUUUCCUUCUUGCUAGCUCUAUUUCCUUUCAGUGGAAAUCAAACGAAGAGGAAUUACUCUUCUAAACUUUGCCCCUUGUCCAAAGAGACCCAAAGCCACAUUUUUUGAAAACACAGCAACAAUUAGCCAAGACACUGGGGCUCAUUUUUUUAGUCUAACGCCUAAAUGAUGAGGUUUUAAAGACGCUUCAACACCAAUUUUGGACUCUGGCUAGUUUUAUCGCAGGUGCAAGGAAAGUUAUAAACUUCACUUUACCCUCUGCUGUUACCUCUAAUGAUUUCCUUGAUCCAGGCAUCAAGUUUCUUAAUUCCUUAAAUAUGGAAAUGUUUUAUCUUGCAGUUACUGAGGUUUUUCUAAGCUUCCAUUUUGCUGUAAGGACAAGAUCAUUCUGUUAGAGGAAGUUCUCAUCAAUGAUUUGCGGUGUGAUGUUCAGUUUUUAGACACAGGUGUUGGAAAAGAGUAUAUUUUCCUGGAGGAUUGUUUUGUAUUUGUUAGGGAAUGGGUAGGAAAUAAGCUAGUAGAAACAAUGGAUGGAUGUAAAAGUCAAGCUCAGGUUCUAAUUCUGGCUAAGCUUCCCUGUAAGAUUUAGGGACCCAGAAUUGGUAUUUGUUUUAGAAUGAAAGCUAUUUUGACAUUGUUUGGUGCUAAUUUAUCUGUCCCCCGGCCCCGUUUUCGGACAGUGCAGUUCCCUGAGAACAGUUUCUUUUCUACAGUUUCUAAGUAGCAUUCCUCAGUUAGUGAGUGAUUUUUUUUGUUGGUUUGAAGUUUCUGAGUUUACUGAGACUACAGUUCAACUACCAGCCUUUUUAGUUUAGGGAGAAUAUAUUUUUUCCUCGGUUCCAUAUUCCCUCAUUUAGCGUUUCCUGGUUUUUACAUUAUUUUCAAACCAUACUAGCAGAAGGCUUCAAGAGAGCCAGCCCCCUCAACUCCCUGCCCCAGUUCUUAGGGAACAAAACUGUGUGAAUCUUUGCUUCACCCCCAGGCUAGCCUGGGAGAAGGAGAAUGGAUUUUUCUUCCUUCUGUGAUGUUUCAAAGAGUAUAUUACAAAAGACUGCCGAUGCCCUAGACAAACACUCUUUAUCUUGUUGUGUUUACUGGGGAUUUCACUAUGAGGGCAUGACUUUCUAGGGAGGCAGCGGGAGUGUUCAUAUGAGACCUCUGUCUACAGUUUAAGGGGUGUGCACGCGUAUACCAGCCUGGAAAACGAUCAACUCAGAGCACCUGUGCCUAUGAAAGGAAUCACGCUCUAGUAAAAGGUUUAUAUUAGUUUGAAACAUGCUACAUCAAACAUUUCAUUCUUUCAUCACUAGUACAGCAUGCGAAGUUUAGAUGGUCAAUUUUAAACUGCGCUACCCCAGGCAGAAAUGGGUUAUGUUAGUGUUUUGCCAGACGGACAUUUCCAGGAAGUGAAAAAGAGCAAAAGACAUAACUACUGACUUUUGUUCUUUCCAACAUCCUUAUGUCCCUUACGGCGGUGUUUGAUUUGCAAGCUCUUUAUCAGGUAAGAGCCCUUCCAUUUUCGCAGUUAGAAAACAAACUCAAAUCACCGCUAUCUUUAGAAACUCAGGUCUCUUUCUAGAAACCUAUGUGUUUGGUUUUCUUACCCCUUUCUUUCUAUGGCUGUAAUGUUGUAUAACCAGAGUGUGACGAGGGGAUAUGAACAUGUGUUAGAAUUCUGCUAUGUUAGUGGGGAAAAAGAGGCCUUCAACAACCCCCUUCAUCAAAACGUUUGCAUAAUGGCUGUAUUUACAAGGCAAAUCGCCUUCAACUACAUUUCCUCUUGUGGAAUUUUGCGUAUGAUUCCGCCUUACAAAAUAUAGUUUGAGAAACGUUUGGCGUGUUUUCAUUUUUUUUAAACGCUUCCGUUAAUUGUGUUGCUUACAGACAUAAACCUGAUUGUCUUUCUUUGGUGAACAGGGGGACUUACCCAACCUGGGACCUUAUUAUUUUACUUGUUGAUAGUAAACCAAGAAUUUGUCUGAAUUUCCCAGGAUGCAGCUGGGAAACUGAACACUCCUCAGAAGUAUUCUCGAAACAACUGAUUCAGAAAGGAAUGUUUUGCAUAUUGUUUGCCAUUUAUGUGGCUAGUCUUUAUUAUUGUACAUGUUUGGGAAAAUAUAAUAUCAUGCAAAUUAGUAACUUUUUUUAAAGAUGUAUGUAUCUGACCUUUUUCCUUUGGAAAAUACUAUAUAUUUUUAUUUGUAUUUUUUACUUUUUUAAGUCCAUCUAUAUGUGCAGUUAUUUUUGUAUUGCCUUAUAUUGGAGACCAUUUGUUUAUUUCAAGAGAAAACAGCAAAUAGGAUUCUAGCGAGAAUUUCACUGCUUUUGGUAUAACAAUUAUGUGGGCCAGGCUCAGAUAAUCAGUUAUACUAACCAAGAAUAUUUUGUGUCUUAUCAAUGUAAAUAUGACACAAACCUGUUGGGCCUAGGAGUGUAAAUAAUUUCAGGAAGGAAUUCAUCCAGUUUGGUUACUUAUUUCGACUAUGGAGGGCUCUUACCCUCAGUUUCAAUUGUUCUGCGUCUGACAUAGUUGAAUCAGACAAACAGCAUGGGUUUGAUUUCUUGUUUGGUAAUAUCACCUUGUUUUUCUUCUGUUUUUAACAUUGUUUUGGUUUUGAGUUUAACUUGUUUUUCGGUUCCUAGUUUGUGAGAAGUUGAUCUUCAGAAUUAUUUUUACACUAUUUAUGAAUUAUUUUCAUAAUGUAAAAAGUGUGUAAUUAUUAAAAUAUUAAUCCAAACAUUGACACCGA